CUAUGUUAAUAUUCCGCCGAGAUUGCAUAAUUUCUUAAUUCUUUAAAUGAUAUCCAGUACAGGCCAAAUAACAGAUAAGAAAAUUAUUACCAAACACAAUUUUAGUAUUGAUAUUGAAUUGUGACCAUGGUGCUAAAUCACUUGCAUUUAACAAGGGUUUUAAAACCUUUAACAGCAAUCAGAAACACUGCACAACGUACACUUGCAAGCAAGAGCCAGAAAGUUGCUUUUAAUUGGGAAGACCCUUUAAACCUAGAGUCUCUACUGACUGAAGAUGAGAAAAUUAUAAGGGACCAAUGCAGAACAUACUGUCAAGAAAAAUUGUUACCAAGAAUAGUAGAAGCUAAUAGGCAUGAAAUAUUCCACAGGGAAAUAAUGAAUGAGUUUGGAGAAAUGGGCAUGUUAGGAUCCACUAUGCAAGGCUAUGGAGGCUCAGGGGUUUCAAGUAUAGCCUAUGGCUUAGUUGCUAGGGAAGUUGAAAAGAUCGACAGUGCCUACCGAUCGGCAUUGAGCGUACAGUCUGCGCUAGCUAUGGGAGCUAUUUAUGCAUAUGGAACUGAAGAACAAAAACAACAAUAUUUGCCACAGAUGUCUAAAGGUCAGCUGGUUGGCUGUUUUGGACUCACUGAACCAAAUCAUGGUAGUGAUAUUGGAGGAUUGGAAACAAAAGCGAAGUUUAACUCUAGUUCCAAAACGUACAGUUUAAGUGGCAGCAAAACUUGGAUAACUAACUCACCCAUAUCAGAUAUCCUGAUCAUUUGGGCGCGCUGUGAUGACGGCAAGAUUCGCGGGUUUAUAAUUAAUAGAAAAGAGCAUGGAAAAGGUCUAUCAACUCCUAAAAUAGAAGGAAAAUUCUCUUUGAGAGCAGGUCAAACUGGUAUGAUACUUAUGGAUAAUGUUGAGAUCCCUGAAGAUCAUUUACUGCCCAGUGCAGUCGGAAUAGGUGCGGCUUUUGGAUGUUUAAACAGUGCCCGAUAUGGUAUUGCCUGGGGAGCUCUUGGUGCCGCUGAGAGCUGUUUAUCCAUAGCCAGACAAUACACUUUAGAAAGGCAACAGUUUAAGAGGCCUUUAGCUCAGUGUCAGCUUAUACAAAAAAAGAUGGCUGAUAUGCUAACUGAGAUUUCGUUAGGCCUCAUGGCUUGCUACCAAGUAGGUAAACUUAAAGAUAAGAAUUUGUACACACCCGAAAUGAUAUCCUUGAUAAAAAGAAAUAGCACUGGAAAGGCGCUCGAAAUAGCCAGGGCUGCUAGGGAUAUGCUUGGAGGAAAUGGAAUUCAAGAUGAGUAUCACGUGAUAAGACACGUGAUGAACCUGGAAGCUGUCAACACAUAUGAAGGUACUCACGAUGUUCAUGCCUUGGUUCUUGGAAGGGCCAUAACUGGACUGGCCGCAUUUUAAUUUAUAACGAAUUGAUUUAAAUACGUUGUUAAUAAAUUGUUUUAUUUUUCAACAGAAA